AUGGUCGCGGUGCAGACGUCCCCCACCCCGGCUCCUGCGGCGGAGUGGAUCUGCUGCCUGGAUAAAAGGCCCUCGGAGCGCUCAGGAGAGGACGUGGACAUUAUCCUGACCAGACUGAGAGAGGUCAAAGCCUUUCGGAGGUUCCCGUCUCCGCUCUUGGUGCAGAUCUGUGCCUCAGCCUUCUACGAGUGCCUGGAGAAAGGCAUCACGUUGUUUCGACAGGGAGACAUCGGCACCAGCUGGUACGCCGUGCUCUCGGGUUCCCUGGAUGUUAAAGUGUCAGAAACAGCCAACCACCAGGAUGCAGUCACUAUUUGUUCACUGGGGAUUGGGACGGCGUUCGGGGAGUCGAUCCUGGACAACACACCUCGCCACGCUACCAUCGUCAGCAGAGAGACCAGCGAGCUGCUGCGCAUCGAGCAGAGGGAGUUCAAGAGCCUCUGGGAGAAGCAUCGUCAGAGCCUGGCUGGACUGCUGGCCCCCCCUUAUGGAGCGAUGGAGAGCGGAUCUAACAAUGACAGACUCACAGACAAGGACAACAUUCACUCCGACUCUGCAAACAGAGCUCACAACAAGAUUCCCUCAGAGAAACUGCAGAGAGCCGGGAAGGUUCUACGUAACGCCAUCCUGUCCAGAGCCCCGCACAUGAUCCGAGACAGGAAGUAUCACCUCAAGACUUACAGACAGUGCUGUGUUGGCACAGAGCUGGUCGACUGGCUGGUGCUGCAGAGUGCAUGUGUGCUCACACGGUCCCACGCUGUCGGGAUGUGGCAGGCGUUGCUGGAGGAAGGGGUGCUAAACCAUGUGGACCAGGAGCUUGGCUUCCAGGACAAGUACCUGUUCUACCGUUUUCUUGAUGAUGACGAGGAGGACACGCCGUUGCCUAGUGAGGAUGAGAGGAGGGAGAGUGAGGAGGAGCUGCCGGAGACCAUCCUCUUCGUCGCUCAGAUUGGCCCCGAUGCCCUGCUGCGCAUGAUCCUCAAGAAAUCGCCUGGUCAGAGGACAGGAGAUGACCUUGAGAUCAUCUACGAUGAGUUGCUUCACAUCAAGGCCUUAGGUCACCUCUCCAACACUGUGAAGAGGGAACUGGCAAGCGUUGUGAUUUUCGAGUCGCAUGCAAAAGCUGGAACCGUGUUGUUUAACCAAGGAGAGGAGGGCACAUCAUGGUACAUCAUCCAGAAGGGCUCAGUCAAUGUGGUGAUCUAUGGCAAGGGUGUUGUGUGCACACUCCACGAGGGUGACGACUUUGGGAAGUUGGCGCUGGUCACAGAUUCACCUCGAGCUGCCUCCAUUGUCCUGAGAGAGGACAACUGCCACUUCCUGCGUGUGGACAAGGAGGACUUCAACAGGAUACUCAGGGAUGUGGAGGCCAACACGGUGCGUUUGAAAGAACACGAACAAGCCGUGCUGGUGUUAGAGAAGAGUCCCCGAGCCUCCACCAUGGGAAGCAUCAAGUACACUGUGAUAUCAGGAAUGCCAGAGAAGAUUCUGGAGCACUUCCUGGAGACCAUGAGGAUGGACAUACACCACAAUGAUCCAGACCCAGCGGUGGACGAUUUUGUCCUCAUGCAGUGUGUCUUCAUGGCCAACAGCCAGCUCUGUCCUCUGCUCUUGGCACACUACCAUGCGCCCUCUCCGCCCGGCUCUGAGCAGGAGAGGUUGGAGUAUGCAGUGAACAGUAAGAGGAGGGCCCUGGUUAUCACCCUGCGCUGGGCCAACACACACUCGUACCUGCUGCAGGAGGAACCUGCCGCUCUCGCCUUCCUGGAGGAGUUGUACGGAAGUCUAUCAAAUGACUCUCGGGUGCUGCGAGCUCUGAAAGACUUAGUGCCUGACCUGGAGAAAAUCAUCAAAUUACAUUCAGAAGAAGCCAAAGCAACGAAAAAGAAAACCCUAUUACGACAAUUCAGCAACGGAGAGGAGAGGCUGCAAAAGAAACAACCCAUUAGGAAUCAGGACGACAUCCUACUAAAGGUCUACUGCAGCGAUCACACAUACACAACCAUCCGGGUCGCCGUGGCAGCAACAGGAAGAGAAGUGAUUGCUGCUGUGGCCGACAAACUCUGCACCACAGAGGAGCUGGUGCUGCUCCACCUCAGCUCGGCCGGUGAAAAACUGAUGUUGAAGCCAAAUGACGUGUCAGUGUUCUCGACUGUGAGCAUCAACGGACGAUUGUUUGCCUGUUCUCGUGGACAGCUCAGCACUCUGACUCCUCACCCGGAGCAGGAGGGCCCCACUGCAGGCUCCAUGUCAACCUUUGAGCUGAUGAGCUCUAAGGACCUGGCUUACCAGAUGACCAUGUAUGACUGGGAGCUGUUCAGCUGUGUGCAUGAGCACGAGCUGCUCUACCACACGUUCGGCCGGCAGAGCUUCAGGAGAACCACGGCGAAUUUGGACUUGUUCCUGCGGCGAUUCAACCAGGUUCAACUGUGGGUGGUCACUGAGGUGUGCCUCUGCGGGCAGCUCAGCAAGAGAGUCCAGCUCCUGAAGAAGUUCAUCAAGAUAGCUGCACACUGUCGAGAGUUCAAAAACCUGAAUUCCUUCUUUGCCAUUAUUAUGGGGAUGAGCAACCCAGCUGUCAGCCGACUGAGCCAGACGUGGGAGAAACUCCCCUCCAAGUUCAAGAAGUUCUAUGCCGAGUUUGAGAGCAUGAUGGACCCAUCCAGAAACCACCGGUCCUACCGACUCACUGUCACCAAACUGGAGCCGCCGAUCAUCCCCUUCAUGCCCCUCCUUCUCAAAGAUAUGACAUUCACACACGAGGGCAACAAGACAUUUAUUGACAACAUGGUCAAUUUUGAGAAAAUGCGUAUAAUAGCUAACACGAUUCGGCAAGUGAAGCAUUGUAGAAGUCAACCUUUCAAUCCCGACAUUUGCCAACCAAACAAAAACCAAGCCGAGGUGCGGGGCUACGUCAGGAAGUUCUGCGUGAUUGACAACCAGAGGGCGCUGACACAGCUCUCCUACCGGCUGGAGCCUCGGCGGACAUGA